CAACGCUCCAUCCUUCUGAGAGGACAGCCCACCUUACACCACAUAGCCGAAAGCAUAGAGAGAUAUAACCCACCAACUCUAUGGAAAGAAACAUCCACUCUAUCCUCUCUACCUAGGUCUAUUUGCCAAAGCCUUAGGAGGAAAGGUCCUAAGUUUUAACAUUCUGAAAAGCUGGGAGAAAGAAGAAGGGCGGUGGCAUUACCAAAUGGCUAAGAGAUCAGAUUUUGCACAGAAACUGUUGGAUGAUCUCAAGUUGAGGAAGGAAAAGCUGGGGUUCGCGUCAUCGAGCCAACGGUCGACUCCAGCAACCUCUGGUGGGGCUCGUGUAAACUCUCAGAGGUCUUUUCAGGGUCCAGUAGAAGCCACCACGAACAAGUUUAGGGGAAAGAAUAUGGUUGACACAGAGGUCACAAAAUUGUGGAUUGGCACCAGACAUCACAACACUACUGCUCAAGAAGGUGCUUCGCGAGCCAUUGUUCCUGUUGGAAGAGCCACAAACACAGAGCGCACUGUCGACGUGUCGAUGGCCCUUGCCCUUGCCCUCAGCAAGACUGGGAAACUUCAGAACAUAGAACUUUUUACCAAUGCCAUGGUCGGCAACGAGCGUAUUCUGCACCGUGGAUCGAUAUCUUUCAGAGAAAAUAAUGGUCGAUAUAUGUCAGACAGGAGGAAUUCAACAGAUCAUCAUCCUUUCCUAUCCCAUCAACAAAUCAGUGAGAUAUCAAAAGGGGUUCAGAAGUUGAAUAAGAUCCUUGAAAUCUGCUCCAAUGGGCCAAAAUUCAAGAGGGAUUCCAUAGAUCUUGGAAGAGAACUGCUGAGAGGGGCAAUGGAUUUGGAGGAGUCUCUGAGAAUGCUUGUAACCCUGCAAGAAGCUUCAGAUUACAUGGUUGGUUCUCAGGGAAAGCAGGUUAGAUUGUUGAAGGACAAGGAUGAAGAUGAGUCAUCCUCUAACACAACAAGUAGAAAGAAGUCGACGAACAGGACAAAAUUUUCUUCUGAUGGGUUUCAAGAGCAGAACAUCUUAGCGUUGUCUUACCCCAGAAAGUCCAAGACUCCAACAAAUUCAAAUAAAAGCUUGCCAGACCCUUCCAUGCAAUUCAUUUCCCACAGGAGGUCACUGAGUUGCGGUCCUGGUUUCGGACCUGAUGCACAGUUUUCAGGCAUUGCAAGCUCCAUCCGGGAGGAACCCAGGAGCAUUUCAAGUGGUAAAAAUUCCUCUACUCCAGAAAACAUCAAGCAGUUAGGUUCUAAAGGAAUUCCUGCAUGUGAUAAAGUGAGAAUACCAAAUGUUGUUGCAAAACUGAUGGGCCUUGAAGAACUUCCAGUUCCACCACCCAAAGCAGAUGGGAAGAAUGGUGAAGCACAUAAAGUACCAAAGUUGAAGAAAGAAACAGAGAUGGGUAAGACUUUAAUAGCAGAUACAGGAGUCAGUAAAAAGGAAGUUGAUAUAAUGACUUCUUUGCAAAAGAAUAUAUUCAGAACAGGUGGACAGAACAAUGUUCCGCAGGAAAAAGGCAUUAGAGAGGCUAAGGUAGCACAUAGCCGAGGAAAGACAAACUUAAAAAGUCUGACCGACAUUGAGAACACCAGUCCAGCUUCAAAUUAUUUACCAGGGUCCAGUCUCAAGAUCAGUAAGCAGAUGGACAUUGCCAACAUGGCUCACAGUAAAAAAGAUAGAGUAACCCAGAAAGAAGUGAAGGAAUCAAGAGAGAAUGUGUUCAUUAAGGAACAGAGAAGCAAAGUUAAAGUUGAACAGACCAUCCAUGAUGUCAAGAAACCGAUUCUAGUAAACCAGGAUGAUGCAGCCAGAAAGAAGGAUUCACUCAAAAAAUAUGAGAUAAACUUCCAAGAUGGAUUUUCUGUUCAGAAUAAUAGCUCAAUAUCUACAAAUGAUGCUGUAUCAAAGCAUAUAUCUACAGCACAUGGAGCGAAGUCCAAAUAUUCAGUUCAUGAUAGUGCCAUGGAAACAGGACAUGAUGCAGAACACAAGCCAGAAACCAAAAUAAUAUUGAAAGGUGACCCCAAAUUGAAAAAAGCAGAGAAACCUAUCAACGAAAUGAGUAGACAAAAGGUGUUCUCUGGUAGCACAGUCAUUACAGCAAGCCAAAGAAGUUCAUCAAAGAGUGGUCAGACAGAGAAAUCAAAAGAUGAUCCAAAGAGAAGCCAUCAAGAAAAACCAAAAUUAUGGAACAGAAGGUCUACUUACCAUGAAGCGGACAGAAAAGCAGCCAAAGGGAACUUGGGAAAUAAAAAAACCACUAUGACAGAUCUAAGAAUUGAUAAAGAGAAGGCCAUGCCUCCAUCUCUGGUGACAGCAACAAAGAAACCUGUGCAUAUCCCAACCAUACAAAAGGUAGAUACUGCAGAUACAACAGUGCAUAGAGGUGACAGCAACAGAAUAUAUGAGGACAGGUCUGAAAAUAUUGGAAACCCUAAUGCAGAAGGCGAGCACUUGAAGGAACAAACCUCAUUUCCAGAUGAACUGGAGCAUGGAUGGAAAGAAAGAACAAAUAAAGCUGACAGAGCCAAAGUUAGCAUUCACGCCAUGAACUCAGACAAGCAUUUGCAGCAGCAACUUGAAUCCACCACCAUUUCAAAUAGCAAGCACAUAGAUGAUAGCAGACAUACAACAAAAACACCAGAGAUGCAAUCAGCUGCAGAGACCAAUAGUUAUAGUAUCAUCAACUUAGCUACUGAUACCCAGCGAACCCCACAGCUCUCUCCAAGUAAUGAUCCAGAAAUACAACCUUUCAAGUCGAAUGGGAAAGAGUCAGAAGGUCCAAUUGAUCUCAGGGAAAUCAGCAGCAACCCUAACCUGUUAGAGUGGCAGACUCGGGCAGUGUCUGAAGCUGAUGGACAGGGUUCACUAACAAAGAACCAGUGCCUCAUACAAGUACUAGUAAACAAUCAGCGUUUCCUCAACACUGCACAGGCACUUUUCAAACUCAAGAUUCCAAUUGGUUUCCUCAAAGCCAAUGAGAAUUCAUGCCCAGUCAAAGAUAAUAAGCUUCUUUUAGACUGUGGAUACGAAUUAAUAAGAAGAAAGGGGAAAAGAGAAGAAGUAACUUAUGCCAUGUCGAUGUCUUAUGCACCAGUGAAAGUUAGGUGCUUGGAUACUUUGAUUACAGAGUUGAAUGAUGAUCUUGAGAGCUUGAAGUUCUUGAGCAAUAUCGAGGACAACAAUUAUGACACUGCAGAAUUUCUGCAUAAGAUGCUUGAAAAAGAUAUCCAGAACAUGAAUCCAGAUGUCAACUGUAUGUGGGAUCUCGGUUGGAAUGUCAUGGUACUUGCACCAGUCGAAAAGGACGAGGUCAUUCGAGAUGUGGAAAAGCAUGUGUUGAAUGCACUUAUUAAUGAGCUUGCUAGAGAUCUGAUAGAAGUAUCACUGUUUCAUAGAAAAGCUACAACAUAGCCCUGCCACCUUACUUUUAGUAGUCAUGUCAGAAGAUCAAAUCUAUGUAUGGAAGUGCCACUGUUUUAUACAAAAGCUUCUACAAAGCUCUGCCACCUUACUUUUAGUAGUCAUGUCAGAAGAUCAAAUCAAUGUAUUGAGAAUCAACCUUAUAACAGUGACACAAAGUACCCUAGAUGCAGAGAAUACUUCUACUAUUUACAUACUGAAUUCACCGAGGCCAAAACUGUAUAAGCAAUUAUUCCAGACUACAAAAUCUCAAAAUAUCACUAUAGUAAAUGCUUUUAAGUUUUACCACAUUUUCAACUACAUCUGAAACGGCCUGCUUGUAUAAUCACUAUUUAGCAGUACCAAACUACAUUCUGCACAAAUAAUAAUCAAA